CUGAAACUAAAGCAUUCCUGGUGAAUAUGUAAAGGUGGAGAUGUAGGGUCGACAUCGGACGCAACAAAGGUCCCUGUCGAUUCACAAAUGGCUGACGUGACAAUUAACGAUCUAGACAGAAAAACAAACGCCUGCCACGGAGUAGUGUCGGUCAUGGGACGGCAGAGAGCUAUGACAACCGCCGUUUCUACCGUCGUUAACGAGAUCCCGUCUUAUGAUAUUUUCGGAAUUUUCGACGGUCUUAGACUAGCUAAAUUCUUUGAGGAGAGGCUGCGUCGGCUCGUGAAGGAAGAGGUAGCGUCAUGCCAUAGUCGUGGAGUGGCGGCUGACUGGAAUAAGGUGAUGAGCUCAUGCUUUUCGGAAGCGGUGGGGACGGUGAGGUCUGCGGCUGCCAAAGCUGUGGUUACGAUUAUAGGAAAAGAGGAGGUGGUUUCGUUUUGUCGUGGCGGCGCAAGGGCGGUUCUUUACUCUAACGGCGAGGUCGCUUUGCCUCUUUGCCAUAUCCAUAUUCACCAG